UGUAACGUUAGAGGAUUGUAAAGGAGAAGAGGAGAGGAAGAGGCUGUAACGUUAAUAGGAUUGUAGAGGAGAAGAGGAGAGGAGGAGGCUGUAACGUUAAUAGGAUUGUAGAGGAGAUCUUCGCUGGUGUUUUGUCUGGAGCCAUGGAGCGUUUCCUGGUCUUUGUGAAGCAGAUCAGGAGGUCCAGGAGGCGCAAGGGGAAAAAGUACAGACCGGAGGAGGACUAUCAGGAGGGAUAUGAAGAUGUGUAUUAUUAUGCUUCUGAACACCUGCACAAUUCCUGCUACAAAAGCGACGAAGAAGAUGAGGGGCCUUACACAAAGCACUCCAACCCCUCCAGGCCACCCGAUGGAGCGCUGGCCAUCAGGAGGCAGAGUAUCCCAGAUGAGUUUAAGGGCUCCAGUGUUGUAGAGUUAAUGAAGAAAGAGGGAACCACACUCGGCCUCACUGUGUCUGGGGGCGUUGACAAGGAUGGAAAACCUCGGGUGUCCAACCUGCGCCAGGGAGGCAUCGCUGCUAGGAGUGACCAGCUCAACGUGGGCGACUACAUCAAGUCUGUAAAUGGGAUCAAUCUGACCAAGUUCCGUCACGACGAGAUCAUCAGCCUGCUGAAGAACGUCGGAGAACGUGUGGUUCUAGAGGUGGAAUUCGAGCUGCCACCUGUCUCUGUUCAGGGCUCUGGGCUGAUGUUCAAAAGCGUUGAGGUGACUCUGCACAAAGAAGGCAAUACGUUCGGCUUUGUCAUCCGAGGAGGAGCCCACGAGGACAGGAACAAAUCCCGCCCCGUUGUCAUAACGACCAUCAGGCCAGGUGGACCUGCUGACAGGGAGGGUACGGUGAAGCCAGGGGACAGGCUCCUGAGUAUCGAUGGGAUCCGUCUUCACGGGACGUCCCAUGCAGAGGCCAUGUCCAUCCUCAAACAGUGUGGACAGGAGGCUACGCUACUCAUCGAGUACGACGUCUCCAUCAUGGACUCCAUAGCCACAGCUUCAGGGCCUCUGCUGGUUGAGGUAGCCAAGUCCCUGGGGUCCAGUCUGGGCCUGGCCCUCAACACCUCCAUGUACUGCAACAAGCAGGUCAUCAUCAUAGACAAGGUCAAGCCCGCAAGCAUCGCAGACAGGUGUGGGGCGCUGCACGCGGGUGACCACAUCCUGUCUGUGGACGGUACCAGUAUGGAGUAUUGUACCUUGGCCGAGGCCACCCAGCUGCUCGCCAGCGCCUGUGAACACGUCAAGAUGGAGAUCCUGCCCCACCACCAGACCAGGCUGGCCCUCAAGGGUCCUGAACACGUCAAGGUGCAGAGAAGCACGCGGACCCUUCCCUGGGAGUCCUCCUCAGCCAACAACAACAGCAACUUCCUCCCCUACCAACACUAUAACACCUACCAUCCUGACCAGUCGCAGAGACACCAGGCCUCCAAGCACCACAAAACCUCUCCCAACAACCCCCUCCCCAAGCCCCCAUGGCCCCCACAGCCCCCACCCGGUCCCCACAGCCCCCACAGCCCCCACAGCCCCACGGACCCCCACAGCCCCACGGUCCCCACAGAGCCCCAGACGGGUCCCCAGCCCCACGGUCCCCACAGCCCUCCAGUCCCCACAGCCCCUCAGUCCCACGGCCCCCACAGCCCCUCAGCCCCUCAGUCCCCACAGCCCCACGGCCUCCACAGCCCCUCGGCCCCCACAGUCCCUCAGUCCCCAAGCCCCACGGCCUCCACAGCCCCUCAGUCCCCAAGCCCCACGGCCUCCACAGCCCCUCGGCCCCCACAGCCCCUCACCCCUCAGUCCCCACAGCCCCUUGGUCCCCAAGCCCCACGGCCUCCACAGCCCCUCAGUCCCCACAGCCCCUCGGUCCCCAAGCCCCACGGCCUCCACAGCCCCACGGUCCCCAAGCCCCACGGCCCCCACAGCCCCUCGCCCCUCGGUCCCCAAGCCCCACGGCCCCCACAGCCCUCGGUCCCCAAGCCCCACGGCCUCCACAGCCCCUCUGUCCCCAAGCCCCACGGCCCCCACAGCCCUCGGUCCCCAAGCCCCACGGCCUCCACAGCCCCUCG